AUCCCACAAAUAAUACCCCUUAGAUGAUUAAUUUUAUUCAUCUCGUUUUCAACAAUUUUCGUAUUAUUCAACACAAUAAACUACUUCUCAUUUACCCAAACAAAUAAAAAGAUACAAAAAAAAAUUAAAUUAACAAAAAAAACAAACUGAAAAUGAUAA